UAAGGCAUAAUUUAUGUCCCCAAGACAGAACUAUUCAGUCUUUUAUAGAUGCCUAAACCAAAAUAGUAAUAUUCUUUUAAGAAAUAUGACAAAAACGUAAAAGGAAAUAAUGUUUCACCCAAAAAAACUAUUAAUUAACUAUUCUUGAUAUUAAUAAGUAAAUGUAACUACAAGUCCUAUCAAAGAAGACACUUGAAACAAUUGUUUACGAUUUAAAUUGUUUUUAAAACAUUUGUGCGUACGAAUAUGAAAACAUUGUUUACCAAUUCUUGUCACUGAUAUUCACUGAUGGUCGUUUUGUACAGCUAUUGUUUGACAACAAUAUUAACACUGCAACUUUGUUGUUACAAAAAUUCGAGACGAUAAAACAUCGUUCGCCAUGUAUGUACAUUGGUUACUUGUCCAAUGCGUUUAUUAAAGGAUUAUAUCCAUUGAAGCAACAUCAUUCGACAAGUUUGGUUGCGACGCGGACAUCAUGGAAACACAUUCGAACCGAACUUAUUUAUUUCGGCAAAGUUUGUUUGCAAUCACAGCAUUACUUCAUGGUAUCUGUGCUGGUAGUGUUUUUGGUUACACGUCAAUUCUAUUCCAACAAUUGCAAGAUGCUCAAAAUACUUCCAAUGCAAAUGAAACUGUUAUAACAUUGACGGCUGGGCAACAAUCAUGGAUAGCGUCUGUACCAACACUUGCAAUGAUUCCAUCAACGUUAAUCACCAGUUGGGCGUUAGAACAAUUCGGACGAAAGAAAAUGGCGCUGACUGCGAUUUUAUUUAAUCUAGCAGGAUGGGUAACUAUGUACUUUUCGCACACCUACGAAGUUAUGUUGGCUUCACGGACAUUUUCGGGAGUCUUCACUGGAAUGGGUUACUCUGUCUUCAUCACAUAUCUCGGCGAAGUGACAGCACCAUCCGUGCGAGCGUUCUUUCUCAGUUUUUUACCCUUGGGAUGCACAAUAGGUGUAUUUAUCUGUCAAUUGUUGGGCACUCUAUUCAAUUGGAAGACAAUUGCUCUAUUGCUGAGCGCUAUUCCAAUAUACAACACACUGAUGAUAACAUUCUACAUGUCCGAAUCUUACAUCUGGUUUAAAAAUCGCAGCCAAAUCAAAAAAGCCUACGCUGCUUUCAUAUGGUAUAGAGGAUUUGGUCCCAAGGCUAAAGAUGAAUUUACAAAAGCUACGGAAAUGGUGGAAAUCUUUCCGGAGGCAACUUUUACUGAGAAGAUUCGUUCCUGUGCAGAUAGAUCAUUCCUGAUGCCAUUCGGUAUCACAACGUUGACAUUCAUCACGAAUCAGUUGUCGGGAAACAUGGCACUAGUUUUCUACACGUCUACAAUCAUUGGUAUUAUUUCAGACGAUCAUAAUGUUCAAUAUUAUUCAACAAUUCUGCUUAAUAUUUUACGGAUCGUGGCAACUAUAGCUUCCUGUAUUCUGGUAAAAGUUGUUUCCGUGCGUAAAGUAUUAACGGUGGGGGGAUUGCUGUUGUCUGGGUCAUUGGUAAAUUUGGCACUAUUUUUGUAUUUGUCAACCGUGUACCCAGAAACUAAGGCAUUCCCUAUUGUUUGCAUGGUUUCGGUUAUUUCGAAUGUGAUCGCGUUUGCGACAAGUAUAGGGCCAUUACCAUCUGUCAUUUGUGGUGAGUUGUUUCCGGCAAAAACUAGAGGUAUUGGUGCACCGCUCAGCGCUUGCUGCUCGUUCAUUUCGCUGUUUAUUAUUAUUAAAGUGUUGCCGAUUAUGUUAAAAAUGCUGACGCCUGCGGGUACCUUUUUGUUUUUUGCGAUAUGCACGUUUGUUGGAGUUAAUAUUAUUGCUUUGUUAUUACCAGAUACAAAGAAUAAGACACUUAAAGAUAUUGAGAAUAUUUAUCAACAUUAGCAAUGUUAGUUAUUCAAUUUUUACAUCGUUUAUCUUAUGAAGAACAUAUAUUUGAAUGAAACUCAUUUAUAAAUAAGGAAAAUAUAUUUUAAAUUCCGUUUUA